GACCAGACCAGACCAGCAAAUCAGCUCAUAAGCUCUGCUCUGUGUUCAUCAUCAUAGCUCCACUGGUGAAGAAGAGUCUAACACCCGGCAUUUAAAAUGUCAACUACGCUGCACUCGCCUCUCAUCUUCUCUUUCCUAUCUUCAGCUAUGAAGCAGGAGAGAAAACUAACAUUCGCAGCUCCUGCAAAGUCGAGUCUCUACUACAAUUCGAUGUCACGCUUUUCACUAAUCCGAUCUUCUACUGACUUCUCGUCCUCACUGGCCACCGGUUUCACUACUGAAUUGGAUGCAGUGACGAAUUACAGUGAGAUUGUUCCUGAUACAGUAGUUUUUGAUGAUUUCGAGAAAUUCCCACCUACUGCUGCCACUGUUAGCUCUUCUAUGCUCUUAGGCAUCUGUAGCCUUCCUGAUACCAAAUUUAAGAGCGCUGUGGACACUGCUUUAGCAGAUCCUGAUUGUUACAGAGUUGAGGACAAAAAUGCACGGAUGUCACGCUUCUUUAACAAGGCUUUGGUAAAUGUUGGUGGUGAUCUUGCAAAAUUUGUUCCUGGUCGAGUUUCCACUGAAAUUGAUGCUCGUCUUGCAUAUGACAAACAUGGCAUUCUUCGAAAGGUGCAUGACCUCUUGAUGUUGUACAAUGAAAUUGAAAUUCCUCCAGAGCGAUUGUUGUUUAAAAUCCCCGCAACUUGGCAAGGGAUUGAAGCAUCAAGGUUGCUAGAAGCGGAGGGCAUACAAACACAUUUGACUUUUGUUUACAGUUUUUGUCAGGCUGCAGCAGCUGCUCAAGCUGGUGCUUCUGUCAUUCAGAUUUUUGUUGGUCGUCUGAGGGAUUGGGCACGACACCAUUCCGGAGACUCUGAAGUAGAGGGUGCUAUUAAAAGAGGAGAAGAUCCCGGAUCUGCUCUGGUUACAAAAGCUUUUAACUACAUCCACACAUAUGGGCAUAAAUCAAAACUGAUGGCAGCGGCGAUUCGUAAUAAGCAGGAUAUUUAUAGCAUUUUGGGGGUCGAUUACAUUGUCACCCCACUCAAGAUAUUGCAGUCUCUUAAAGAAUCUGUGACCCCCCCAGAUGAGAAGUACUCUUUUGUAAGAAGGCUAUCCCCACAAUCAGCUGCUUCAUAUAAUUUCACCAAAGAGGAGGUUGUGACAUGGGACCAAUAUAGCUUUGCCUCGGCUAUGGGACCUGCCGCUGUGGAGCUUCUGACUGCUGGAAUGGAUGGCUAUAUCAGCCAGGCAAAGCGGGUGGAAGAGUUGUUUGGGAAGAUAUGGCCACCGCCAAAUGUAUGAUGCAUGUGAAUUAGCUGAUCAGCGGCUUGCAUAGUGCCAAGGCAAUAGCAAGAAUUGUAUUUGUCCAAAAACUAAUGUGUGGAAUUUCGUCUUUCAAUUACUAUUGAUCCUGAUGUAAAGUUAUCAAAAAUAAAAAGCUUAGCUCCUUUCACGUUCGUUCAGUUUAACUCAACUAGGAGAGAUUCUACGAUUAUACUUUUAUGGAGCAAUGGUAAAUGUAGACUGCGAAACAUAAAAA